AUGAGUGAGCCAUCGAAGAAAUCGAAAGACUCGGUAGACCCCCUGCUGAAGCUGAAGGAGGAGAGAGAAAAAUUAAUUCAGUGGUCCCUCAAGUUAAAAAAUAAUAACUCAUCUUUCCUAAUUUCUGAAAAGUUGGAUACGGAAAAGAAAUACUCAAGUGAUGACUCGCUGGAGGUGGCAGGUUGCGAUGACCGGAUGCGUAAGAGGGAAAUGAGGAAAGGUAAGUGGAGCACCAGUGCAGAUAGGGAAGCGGACCAAUUCACAGAUGGUGCAUCUUCCCACGGGGCUGAUGAUGGUGACUACCACAGCGCGAAUGCAAACCAGACAGCGAACAAAGCCAAACAUAACGCAAGGGGAAACGUAGAUGACGCAAGCAGCUUCAACGUACUGAUGAAGGACAGCAUGUUGGGUGAGGAAAACACAGUAAAGGAGGGAUAUAAAAAUAUGCUGUCCAAUUGGGGACAAAAAAACAACACAAAAAGCAGAAUAGACACAUAUGGAGACGGAUCAAGUUUUGAACAAGUUAGCCAAGAUGAGGAAUGUUCAGUUGGACCAAAAUACGCAGAGAACACCCAUCGUAGGGAUAAACACCGAAACCACAAAUUUGAAGAACACGCCAGUGACGAAUGUUCGGAAGGUUCCUUUGGACCAAAGGCAUCCCACAUUAAAAUGAGCAAAAGGGCAAAUAAUGAAUACGAUAAUUUCUCACCCGUUGUACAUACUAUGGAAAAUUUUUUUAAAAUGCCAAUGAGAGAAGACGCAAAAGGCUCAGGGGUAGAUGCUCCUAAUGAAGGGCAAAAUAAAAAGAGCGGAGCGAACAACCAUAGUGACGACACGUUUCCGAAUAUGAACACUGCUAACACGAAGAGGAAAAUAAAAUUAACCAGGAAGGUAAAAGGAAAGGAAGUAAAAAAUAUGGCCAACUAUUUUUUAAAUUCAAAUGAUUCGAAGCUUGGUCCUAAAUUUUUGACUUCCCUUCAGUUUGAGAGGAACCAUGCUGGCUACAACGCGGACAACAACGAGGAUCACAACACAGGUAGACAUGCAAGAAACACUGCCCAUUACAAAUCAUCAAACGAAAGCGUGCACACCUUCCUACCAGGUGCCUCCCCAUUCCACGCAAAGGACAAUUUCUCCUCCACCACUCUGCAAUCUAAUAGUAAUGAAGACAUACUCAGCGGUGCUAAACCAAGUGGGGCUAAACUAAAAUAUAAGAAACCCAUUAAACUGUCCACGCUGCUAGAAGAAAAGGUACACAUGUUGGAACACAAAAAGGAGUUGCUCAAUGACAAAAUUAAGGACCUACAUGAUAAUACAUACACCCUCAUGGACGCACAACAAAGGGAUAAUCUAACCAUACAGCACUACGAAUUAAUUAUAAAAAAUUUGGAGUCCAAAUAUAACAAACUUUUUAACAUGUAUCAGGAACUCGAUGAGCAUCGAAUUUCAUACGUUGAUGCCUAUCGUGAAAAACAAACAAAAAUUGAAAACCUCUGCGCAAUUAUGCAAAUAAAAAGUGAAGAGAGCUUAAAAUUAACACAAGAAAUGAACCUUUUAAAAAAAAAAAAUGAAGAAAUACAAGGACAAAUUUAUGAAUAUAUAAAAGACAUAGAAGAUAAAGAAGUUGUGUUAAAUAAAAAAAAGGAAGAAUGUGUAAAUUUCAAAAAUGCACUCGAAAAAGCAAACUCAGAAAAUGCCGACUUAACAUGCAGACUAAACCAGAUAACCACCCAGUUAGAAGAAGCCUUGAAUCAAAAUAAAGUGUUGCAAGAAGAAAAUGAUAAUAUAAAACACAAGUACAAAACUAUGAGUAAAAGUGGAGAUACCACCAACAAUUUUUUCAUCCCCAAAAUAGAAAAUUUGCUAGACAUUAUUAAUAAGCUGUUGGAAAUUUUUAAGUCCAAUGAGGGAAAUAUUUUAAACUAUGCUGAUUUUUUUAAGGAGAACGCUUCCACCAUUGAACAGAAGUUAGCAGACAAUGACAACAUAUGUGAUGAUGUCAUUCGUUUGCUAGAUGUCAAUUUCGUGAACUCCUUGAUCGGUACCUUCAAGCAAAGAGAAGAAGAAUACGCUCAACAGAAAGAAAAAAUGGAAAUCAUUUUCGAUGAUCAAAUUUUGAAAAUGUACGAAACGAACAUUAACAAUGUUGAAGUUGCUAAUAAAUACAUCGUGGACUUAAAAAAUAAACUAAUGUCUGUCAUGCUGCAAAGAAAUAAUUUGAAGAAAAAAGCGCUACUACUCUCUACUGCACAAGGAAGAUUAAACGACAAGCCAAUAAUUAAUGAACUCAAAAAAAUGAACGCCGGUACGCUUCUCCACAAGUGCAAAUAUCACUCCUUCACACACAAGCCGGUACCCGUUUUCAUGAAAAUCAUGGACGGUCGCAUUAUCACCUGGACUAGGGACGUUAAGGGAAAAAAUGGCUUCAAACGGAAGAAGCUCAUCGAUAUCCAGGACGUGACCUCCAUAGAUUACGGACUAAACAGCACACCCGUCUACUGGCUAAUCGAAAAGCACAACAAAAAGAGUCUCGAGAAAAAAAAAAUAAAACCAAACCAACGUUACAAUAACGCACAUGGAAUACACCCCUGUAAGUGCUUUACAUUGCGCACCCGAGAAAGGACGUAUGAUUUUUUCUCCAACGACGAAGAAGCGAUCGCCACGUGGGUCGUAGGACUCGGCGUCCUAUGCUACCAAUACAACAAAUUCGCUAACAUACAGUCGCGCUCAGAAUUUGUUGUAAAAAAGGCUCAGCUGAAAUUGCAGUUGCACUGUAUUAAGCGGAACAUAAAUUACACGACUCUGUGGAAAGAGGCCAUCCAGCGCACGCAGGACCAGCUCUCGCAGUGA